UUAUAGGUUAUCGGUUUCUCUCUCUUUUUGACAGCACGCGACUAAUCAGCGUGCAAAAGCAUCGGAUUCGGUGAAACAUUCGCGGCGCGUUCGCUCGAAAUUUUGUCUCCCCUUAAAUAUCCUAACUGUUAAUCGUCACGUAGACAGCGUUCGAGGAAAAAAGUCAUGAAUUUCUGAGAAAUAAUAUUAAAGAUCAAACGAUUAUAAUAUAUCGUUGUCGUCGUCGUUGUCGUCGUCGUUGUGUAGUCGUCGUUGUCGUCGUUGUUCGACCGAUGUGAGAAAAAAAAAAAAAGAAGGAAAGAAAGGGAGAUAUACGUCAAUGUAUAUAUUCGUCCGUACCGUUAGAACGCAUCAUAAUGGAAAUAACGAUGUUGAACUCUUCCACGCAAAUAAUGUUAUUCUCGACAUUAGUUUUUCUAAUUAUAUUAACAAAUUUCAACGCCAAUGUCAUUGUCAAAGGCAAUUAUUUUGGAACUAAUGCGGAUAAAGACGAUCAGUGUUUUUGCAAGUUAAAGGGAUCGAUUGAUGAUUGUAGCUGUAAUGUUGAUACAGUGGAUUAUUUUAACAAUGUAAAAAUAUAUCCCAGAUUGCAAAGUCUUUUAUUAAAGGAUUACUUUAGAUUUUACAAAGUAAACUUAAAACAAGAAUGUCCUUUUUGGGCUGAUGACAGUAAAUGUGCUAUACGUUAUUGUCAUGUACAACCUUGUCAUGAUGAUGAUAUUCCAGAAGGAUUAAAAGGAGAAAUUCCACGAAAUUUACAUUUCAAUGAAAGUCCAGCAGAUAAAUAUAAAUUAUCCUUACAAUUGGCAAAUUGUAAUCAAAAUGCGAAAGAUCAUAAUAUGGAAUUGGGUUAUUUAAACACCACUAUUAGUUCAGAAAAUUAUAAAGAAUUUGAACGUUGGCAACAAUAUGAUGAUGCUCAAGAUAAUUUUUGUGUGAAAGAAUCUAGUCCCGGUGAAUAUGUUGAUCUUUUACUUAAUCCUGAACGAUAUACAGGAUAUAAAGGACCAAGCGCGCAUAGAAUAUGGCGAAGUAUUUAUAUGGAAAAUUGUUUUAGACCUAAAAAUUCUCCUCAUAAUUUUAUACAAUCUUCUAAAAUGAAUGGAAUGUGUUUAGAAAAAAGGGUUUUCUAUCGUGUUAUUUCGGGUUUGCAUGCAAGUAUUAAUAUUCAUUUAUGUUCAAAAUAUUUAUUAUCUUCACAAGAUUGCUUAAAUAUUGUAUCAAAUGCAAAAUGGGGCCCUAAUCUAUCAGAAUUACAAAGGCGAUUUUCAUCUGAAACAACUGGUGGUGAAGGACCUAAUUGGUUGAAAAAUUUAUAUUUUAUUUAUUUACUUGAAUUACGGGCUCUUGCUAAAGCUGCCCCUUAUUUAAAAAGAGAAGAAUAUUAUACUGGUAAUGAUGUUGACGAUAAAGAGACACGUCUGGCUAUAGACGAUGUUCUACAAAUUGUUCAAUCAUUUCCUGAACAUUUUAAUGAAACAGUUAUGUUUUCUGGAGGUAUUCAUGCACAGAUAUUAAAAGAAGAAUUUAGACAACAUUUCAGAAAUAUUUCACGCAUAAUGGAUUGUGUUGGAUGCGAUAAAUGUAAACUAUGGGGUAAAUUGCAAAUACAAGGUUUAGGAACAGCAUUAAAAAUUUUAUUCUCUGGCAAAUUUGAUAAAUGGGAACCGACCCUUCAUAAUUUUACUAGAAAACAAUUCUUCUUAGAAAGAAGCGAAAUCGUAGCCCUUAUUAAUGGAUUUGGAAGAUUAUCAGAAAGUAUAUUUGAAUUGGAUAGAUUUCGACAAAUGAUGAGAUAGCAUAAUAAUAAUUAGGUAAUGAUUUUUCCAAGUACUACGGCAAGACACAUCACAUUAUUUAAUUAGCUUUCCAUGGAAAUAAUUAUGUUGUAAGAUUUAUGAAUUGUUAUAAUUAUGUUUUUCACACUCAUAUAUCUUUAUUCAAUAUGAAAUCGCAAUGGUAAUUAAUCAGAUUACAAUGUAAAUAAUCCUGUGUUAAUCUUAUAUCCGGAGCAAGAGAAAGAAAAGUAGUUAGUGUAUUAUUAUAACUUUAGAUGGAAAAGUACAAUUGUUUAAAUGCUCAAUAUUUCUACAUGACAAUUUUACAAGAGUAAAAAAAAUAUAUAUAUAUAUAUAUAUAUAUAUAUAUAUAUAUAUAUAUUUGCAACUAUCCUUAUACUCCCUUCUAUUCAUAAAAUUGAUUUCAUUGCGAUUUCAUUUUUAAAUUUAAACUCUGUCUGUGAUAAAUAUCUACAUUAUAUGACAUAUAUUUCUGUAAUAAUUUCCUUAUAAUUUAUCCAGAAGAAUUCAUAACUCAAAAAUCUUUCCAUACUUUUACAACAAGUUAUAAUAUGACAAGUUACGUUAGCAAAUUUUUUUUAUAUUAUACUAUUUUUAAAUAUAGUAAAUUAUGUUGUAAAGAAAAUGACCAAGAUUUGUAAUAUUUGACAUCUUGAUUAUUGAUAUGGAGAACUAAUGUAAGACAUGCAAGUACUUCAUUGGCUUUGAAACUAUGUACAACAAAAAUAAUUUAUUUUUAAAGAUACAUUUAUAUUUAUUAAAAAAUAAUAAAUGGUAUUCUAGUUUUAUAUAUCUAUAUACAUAUACACAACAUAAAUAUACAGACUUCUUUGAAGUAGUAUAUACAUUUUAUACAUUUUUCUUGAUCUUUUUUACAUCUUAAUAAUUAUCUAAAUAAUUAACAUUUAUGACUUAUAUGUGAUUGUAGAUAUAUAUAUAUAUUUUAAGAGUAUUAGUGCAGUAAACCAUCUUCCUUUUAAAAUUGUUUCUGUCCUUCAGUAAAGUCAAUUAUAAAAGUACCUUGCAAUGAUUAUUGUUUGUAACUAAUACAACGAUUUUACGCAAUUAGGAUUACGAUCCUUAAUACAUCAUUGUAUCGAAUAAUUAUCAUAUAAAAUGUAAAUUGACAUUGUUAGUAUAAAGAACAUGUAAUGAACCAUUAUAAUUAUAUUAUCGAAUAUAUACAUAUAGAUAUA